AUGGUUCAAAUGAUAGGUCAAUAUGGUAAAAAUCUAAAGCCUCCAUCGUACCAUGAAAUAAGAGUAAAAUAUCUCAAGCUAGAAGUUCAGAGAACAAUGAAUCUGGUUGCUGAAUUUAAAGAAGAGUGGAAAAAGACAGGUUGUACAAUCAUGUCCGAUGCCUGGACCGAUAGAAAGAGAAGAUCCAUAUGCAAUUUUCUGGUGAAUAGUCCAAAGGGUACUGUUUUUUUGGCCUCCGUUGAUACUUCUGAUAUCUCCAAAACAGCCGACAAAGUUUUUGCAAUGCUAGAUGAUGUUGUUGAGAUAGUAGGAGAGGAUAAUGUUGUGCAAAUUGUGACGGACAAUGCGGCUAACUAUAAGGCAGCUGGCGAUCUAUUGAUGGAGAAGAGAAAAAAGUUAUUCUGGACACCGUGUGCUGCACAUUGCAUUGAUCUAGUUCUUGAAGAUUUUGAGAAAAAGAUUAAUAUGCACACCACAACAAUCGCAAAGGGACGGAAAAUCUGCACAUAUAUUUAUUCGAGAACAUUGCCACUUAGUUGGCUGAGAGAGUUCACUAAAGGAAGAGAGUUAAUUAGGCCAGCAAUCAGAAGAUUUGCUACUGCCUAUUUGACAUUGGGUUGUCUACAUGAGCUGAAAGGUGCAUUAGUCAACAUGUUUAGUUCAAACAAGUGGAGGGGUAGCAAAUUUGCUGCUACAAAAGAAGGCAAGGAAGUUCAGCAAAUUGUAUUGGAUAGCCGUUGGUUUUGGCCUAAUGUUGCACUAUGUCUGAAAGCUGCAUUGCCACUUAUAAGAGUUAUUCGAUUAGUUGACUCAGAUGAGAAGCCUGCAAUGCCUUUUAUUUUUGAUGAGAUGAGCCGUGCAAAAGAGCAGAUAAAGCAAAAUUUUAGCAAUGGGAAAAAGAGGUAUAAGCAAAUAUUCGAGAUUAUUGAUGAAAGAUGGAACACACAGCUCCAUAGGCCUUUGCAUGCUGCUGCAUACUACCUGAAUCCACAUUGCCAUUAUAGUGCCAAUUUUAAGGCUGCAGAAGUUAAACGUGGCCCUUACACAUGCCUCAAGAAAAUGGUUCCUGAUUUAGAUGAAAGAGUGAAGAUAGACAUACAACUUGAUGCAUUUAAAAAUGAAUUGGGACUUUUUGGGAUGGAGUCAGCAGUUAUGACUAGAACAAAGAAAGCUCCUGGUUAG